CAGCACGGUACGACGACUCCUGCUGCAGCUGCCUGCGCUCUGCCGGCAACGUGCAGCAGGCAGGCUGCCUGCUGCUGCUGCUGCCCGCGUCAAGCUCCCGAUCAGAGGCUCGGUUGUCGACGCCUGGAGGCGACAAGGGUGUGAACACAGUGGAUGGAGCAGGCGGCGAGCGAGAGAAAGACGGCCCACGAGAGGGACAGCGGAGCGCUGGAGAUCGUCGCAAGCUCUCUUUAGACCGCGAACCCAACAGCCCCGCGGGAUAUUUUUUUCUGACUUUCUUGAUCGGUGGAGUGGUGCCCCCAGCGCCUGUUUGCUGCCGCUGUUUGCAAGAACUUCCUCACCCGAGAGCCACCGCGAACACGCAGAGAGGGGAGACACACGCAGCGCUGCACUCAGCGAUGGAUAUCUGUGACCCUGGAGCCGGACUGCUCGCCACGACGUGCCCGAGCGUCGUCAACACCUCCUCCUCCUCCAAAAUCUCCACCUCCGCCUCGUCGUCCCUGAUGGCUGUGAGGGCCCCGCCGAGCCCGCCCCCCACCCCGCGAGGCGGCAUCCUGCGCAAGCAGCGCGCCAGCCGCCACAAGACGCAGCCCAUCACCUUCGAGGAGAUCCUGGAGGCGGAGGACGAGGGCGCCUCGCCGCUGGACGAGGAGCGGGCCCACCGGUCCUUCAUGAAGUCCCUGGAAAACCUGCGGCGCAUCGCGACGUCUUCCACCAACGUCUCUGCGCUGGCGCACGUGGGGGGGCUGCAGGGCGGAGAGGCGUCCACGGAGGGGUGCGGGGGGAAGCCGAUCCCCUGCACCGAGCUGUGAUUGUUGGGGGCGAGGGGGGCAGGUGGGGGAUGGCGGGCCACGCGGCUCCACAAAGCCCCACCCUCAGGCCAUCGUGCACGCGGAUGAAUGAUGAUGAGGCUGUGACGUCACAGGCCUACCGGGCCAAUCAAAUCGACCUGCGGCUCCGGCGCUGCGUGAGGUGACGCUGUAAGGGCCGCUCCGUGACGCGUUC